AACUUGUAGCAUGUCUUAUGUGUAUAUAUACUAUAGUCUUUCUUAAUAAUCUCUAAGGCACAAAUUAAGUUAACUGUUUAAUUGUAACAAAUCAACAUCAUCAUGGUUGCUUUCUGUUCUCCUCAAUUCUCGUACUCAAACAUGGGAUGGUUCUUAGAAGAGUUAGAGCCAGAGUCCUUAUUAAUUAGCCAUAAGCAAAAAAACUAUGUAUCAUUAGAAUACUCAUUACCGCAUAAUGAAUUCUCUUCACCAAUUAAGCAAGAUGUUGAGGAUAUUGAAAGGUCACAAUCCCCUAAGCUUAUGGUUAAGAAGCUUAAUCACAAUGCUAGUGAACGUGAUCGUCGCAAGAAGGUCAAUAACUUGAUUUCUUCACUUCGUUCACUUCUUCCCGGUGAAGAUCAAACGAAAAAAAUGAGCAUUCCAGUAACAAUUUCAAGAGUAUUAAAAUACAUACCGGAAUUACAAAAGCAAGUGGAAGGAUUAAUUAAGAAAAAAGAAGAUUUUCUAUCAAGAAUUUCUAGGCAAGAAUAUGCAGUGAACAAAGAAUCAUCACAAAAGAAAAUUCCAAUUUACAAUUCUUCUUUUAUAGUUUCAACAAGUAGGCUUAAUGAUAUUGAGCUAGCUAUUCAUAUUUCAUCUUAUGAGUCUAACAAGAUUCCAUUAUCUGAGAUCUUGAUGUGUUUAGAAGAUAAUGGACUUUUUCUACUAAAUUCUUCAUCUUCCAAAACCUUUGGAGGAAGACUCUUCUAUAACUUGCAUUUUCAGGUGGAGAAAACUCAAAGAUUAGAGUGUGAUGCUCUAAUUCAAAAACUUUUGUCAAUAUGUGAGAAACAACGAAGUAAUCAAUAUUGAAGUUGCGUUAAAUAAAUAGUUUUGCUCAAUGUUUUCGGGCUGUUUGAUGUAUAUAUGUGAGUUGGACAGUUUCAAAUCUACGCACCUAACUUUUAGGAGUGAGAUUCAAACUCAAUCAAUUUAGUAUUUAGAUAUAUAUAUUAAAGUUUUGGCUCUUGGUAGUUUUGAACAUAUUUUGGUAAAAAGAGCAAUAGGGAAGAGUUUUUAUUUUAAGAGUUAAUGUAUGUUGCAUUAGCAUAAAUGUUACACUCGACCUACCAUGCCAAAUACUAAUAGAUAAAGUGUAUGGUUGUGAUUGAGUUUUUUUAUAUUUAGAUUUUGCUUAUCGUUUUGUUAGGUUAUUGUGUGGCAAUACGAAAUUUCUACUACCUUUUAGAUUGAAUCCAUUA